UUUGGUUAUGUUUAUUGUAUUUUUAAUUAUAUUUCUAAUACAGUUUCAGUUAUCCAUCAAUAGCUAUACAAUACUUAAGGAUGACAAUACAUCUGAGGGAUCUAUGUUCAUUUCAAAUGUUUCAAAUAUAUUCGGCAAUACUAAUACUGCUUCUCCUCGGACAUUAUUUCAUGUCUUAAUUAGUACUGAGACUAAAAAGCCAGAUUUAAAAGCUAAUAUAUUCGACAAAAUGUUAUCUGAUGAAAUGUUAUCUAUAAAACAACAAAUCUAUGAGAAAGAUACAACCUAUCCACCAACAGUUCAUAUACGGACAAGGGGUAGUAUACCUACACCAACUCUAGAGCUAAAACAAAUGUGGCCGAUAGAAAAACUUGAAUCUAAUAAUGAAAAGAAAUACAAUUUCGAACAACACAUGAAAAACAUUGAUAAUACGCCAAUACAAAGUGAAGAAACUCAGGUAUCACUUAAACCUAAAAGCGAAUCAAAUAACAAUAAUUCUGAUAAAGAAAAAGUACUUGAAUUAAGGAGUCUCUCUGGAAAAUUACACAAGAAAAUUAAAACGUCAUCACUUUUACAUCAUUUUACGAAACAAUGUACAUGUACAAAUUUUAACUCGCAAACAACAAAAAGUCAUCAACACGCCCAUUUCCCUAAAAACCAAGAAGAUAGUAAGCUGCAUUUUACAGAGGCAUUUCAUGCUUCUGAUCCCAAUGCCCAUUCGAAAUGUUCUAGAACAUAUCCAGUAAGUUCAACAACGUCAUAUCCUUUUUAUAUUACCUACUCCCCAUAUUUUGUCGGAACCGUGGCAGAUUUGAGUAAUAUAUAUUACCAUCCAGAUGUUAUAAGCGAUUCAAAACGACCAAAGCAUCAUAAAAAUAGAAAACAUAAAAGGCCAACAACGGAGCAAGUUUACGAAGAUGAUAGUGAGGAGUCAUUUGAGGAAUAUGAUGAGAAAACAACAAGGCGUAAAGAUAAGUCGAGAAGUAAUUAUGAAUUUCAAAUUGUAUACGAACCGACCGAGCCAGAAUCGGAUAAACAAUUUGAAAAUCACAAUAAACAGACUAUUGAUAAAGAUAAAUUUGUGGAAAGUAUUGUGGAUGAUUUGAAAGUUUAUUAUAAUGAAGCUGUUAUUAAAGACUGUUAUUGCUCAUCAUGUUCCUUUAAGAAGGGACUCCAAAUAAUGUCUAUUGUUUAUUUAUUACAAUGGCUUGCAUAAA